AUGCCCGCCGUCGACAUGGACAAGCCUCGCGUGGCUUCGGUUGAUACCUUUGUAGAGCUACUUUCCAACUUGCUAGACGAAGCCUCUGCAGCCAAGCAGUCAUCAAGCAUCGAGCCCGCGCUCACCAAGCCCGACUUUGCGGACCUGGCCUCGCGCGUGGACGCGGCGCUGCCGCAGCAAGACAAGGAUGCUACGGACAGCGAUGCGGCUGCGGCAGACCUAAAAGGCCGCCAGUUUGCGAUUGUCGAAGGCGCAUCGAGAGAUCUGUUUGGUGCUUUGAUAGUUCGCAAGGCGUCAAUCCCAAUCGACUCUCCCGAUUUCGUGCGCAUGUGGAAUUUUCUCGACAUCCUCUCUAUUCUCUCCGACGGUGGACAAUGCGACCCGGCGCUCGUCUUUUGGUUGGUGGAAGAGCUGCUCGACAGCCAAACAAUCGCGGGGUGCCGCCACAUCUUUGAUUUUCUCGAGUCUCGACGCGAGCGUAUGACUGCCAAGAAUUUUACGCAAAAAAAGCUUGUUAUACUCCGCAGCUGUAACGAGCUCCUACGACGACUGUCAAGGGCCGAGGAUACUGCCUUUUGCGGUCGUGUCUUCAUCUUCAUGUUUCAGUGCUUUCCGCUCGGCGACAGAAGUUCUGUUAAUCUGCGCGGAGAGUAUCACGUUGAAAAUGUUACGACAUACGAAGUCACGUCAAACGGCGACGCUACCAAAAUGGAUAUCGAUGCCGAGGCUCCAGUUGCCGCAACCAACGGCGAGAAGAAGUCAGACGCAAAGGAAAACAAGGAGAGCCAUCUCACUUCUGAGGAACUGUACCCUCUGCUCUGGUCGCUCCAGGAGAGUUUCAGUCAGCCCACAACGCUGUUCGAUCCAGCCAAAUUUUCUCACUUUCAGCGCGGUCUAGAGGAAACCAUGAAAGCUUUCGAAUCGCUGCAUGCGGACGAUCAACGGUCGUUAAAGCGCAAGCGCAAUGACGAAGGCACAGCAACGAUAGCAGAAGCGUUCAACCCUAAAUACCUGACAAGCCAGGAUCUGUUUGAGCUCGAAAUACGUGACUUGUCAUUUCGACGACAUGUACUCGUGCAAGCUCUCAUCAUAACAGAGUUCCUGCUGUCUUUAUCUACAGAGGGAAAGCAGAAACUCUCCGGCCUCCCGGCUGCAAACAAAGCUGUCGUAUACAGCGCACAACUAAGUGAAGAGAAUACAAAAUGGGCGACGGAAACCAAGCGACGGAUAUCGGAGUAUCUGAAGCAAGGCUUCGACGGCCCCUACUUCUUCCGCAUGGUGGAGACGGUGCUCGCGCGCGACAAGAACUGGGUGUUUUGGAAGAUGGCCAGUUGUCCUCCCAUAGAGCGGGAGCCCGUGACGGCGGCCGACUUUGUCGAAGCCAAGUCGUCGGCCGAGCGCAUGGCCACGAGCAAGCGCCUGCGCCCGACGCCCAUGGGCGCCGUCUCCAUGGAGUUCCUUGGCCGCGGCGCCGCCUCCAAGACCACCAUGGACGAGCUCCGCCCGCCCGUGCGGUACCAGCUGCCCGAGCUCGAAACAUUCCAGCGGCCGAUCGCCGACGACGACUUCGAGAUCGACAUGCCCACCAGCGACGCGACCCGCGCCGCCGCCGUCUACGGCAAGUGGAGCAAGAGCUGGCGCGCCUUGCGCAUCGCCAGCCGCACGCGCCUCGCCGCCUUUGACAAGAUCGACGACUCCAAGGCGAUUGGUGUCGUCUUCGCGGAACCCACCGAAGCCGAGGACAAUGACGAGGACGAGACCGGUGACGCCGCCGUCGCCUCCGAGCAAGAUAUGCCAGCGAACCGUGCCGCCGUCGUCCUCACCGGUACCGAGCCCGAGACGCUCCGCGCCGUCGCGGCGCGGCUGCUGGACAAGCACAAGGGCGUGUUCGCGCCGGUCGUGCGGCACACGACGCGCGCCAAGGCCGAGGGCGAGUCCGCCGGCAAGACGUUCCACUUCGUCAGCGCGCAGGAGUUUGGCCAGCUGCGCGACGGCGACCGGCUGGUGGAGCACGGCGAGCGCGACGGCAGUGACUACGGCACCAGCACCAAGGCUAUCGACGCCGUGACGGAGGCUGGCAAGAUUCCCGUGCUCCAGCUCGACAUCGAGGCUGCCCAGUUCGCCAAGGACAUGGACUUUGAGGCGCGCUACGUUCUCCUAGGCGCAUCCGAGGAGUCGGAGACGCCCUACGACACCGUCAUCGCCGUGGGUAGCGACGCCGGUGACGAGGGCCUCGACAAGGCCGCCACCGAACUGAGCGCGUUCCUCUACGGCACCGCUGCGGCUGCGGCUGUGGAGGACGAUGACGAAGCCGAAGAAUUUGAAGACGACCCCGCGGACGAUGAAGAUGGCGAUGACGAGAAGGAAGAGGAGCCGACCAACGGCGAUGCCGACAUGGCGGAUGCCGAUGGGCAGCCGGAAUCGAAUGCGUAG